UCCACGCUCUGAUGGGUUUUCAAUAAAAAUAUAUAUCAUAUGUGAUGAUGCCGCUCGUUCUGCGCUUUUUCGUUCCAUGAUAGUUUUCAGUUAAGUUUUGGUGGGUGUUUCAGUUGGUUUAGCCGUUCUCCUUACCAGGUUUGUUGAGUCGCAGAUUUGUGGUCAAGGAUGGAAUCUGCAGUCAAAUAUGUGGCGGCGCUGAAUGUCGAUGCGAAGCUGGUGAAAUGCUACAUCUGCGCUCUAUUUCGAGAUUCAUCUAGGACCGAGAUCGUUGGCACAGCGCAAAAUCAUAUCAAAUUCGUAUACCCAGCGUCAGGACGAAUAGAAAUUGAUCCAAAUAAACUGUGGAACAACAUCAUCCGCACAGUCAAGGCUGCACUUGGAGAGGCCAAUCUGACUGCCGGACAGAUUGCAUUCCUCGCAUUGGCCACCCACCGGGGAUCGUUUACCUGCUGGAAUCAAACCACCGGAAAGGUGUAUCACAAUUUCAUCACCGCUCAGGAUACUCGCUGUAAGGAAAUGGUCAAGGAGUGCAAUGAUGACUUCAUGUUUAAGUCAUUCAAAGCAAGUUCUUGUCUGCUUCACUGCGCCACCAAGAGGCAGCGAUAUCUCAGCGAAAGUGUGUUCGAUGUGAAAAGCUCCCACGUUACGAUGCGUUUAGCCUGGAUGCUAGAGAACUGUCCCAAGAUUCAAAAGGAUCUUCAGGAAGGGAAUGUACUCUUCGGGACAAUCGACGCGUGGUUGCUGUAUCGGUUCAGACAUGGUGCCAGAUACAACAAAGAUCUGGAGCACAUUAGUGAUGUUACCAAUUGUGCAGUGACAGGUUUUUACGAUUCCUUCAGCUUGCAGUGGGCAAAGUGGGCCUCCAUGCUGUAUCCAAUUGAGAAAAACAUCCUUCCAAACGUUGUGGACAACUCGUUCGAUUUCGGUUCCAUUGAUGCCUCCAUUUUUGGAAGCGCCAUCAAAAUCGGCACCUCGAUUUCAGACACAUCUGCCGCCCUCUGGGGAACCUGCUGCUUCGAGAAAACGAGCCUCUACCUGAAAAUAGACAACGAAACCGUCCUGAGCAUCAUGACAGGCUCAAGCUGUCUGGGUUCCAACCACGGACUCGCCUCGCUCGUUGGCUACAAAUACACCAAUCCCGUCUCGGAGCUGGAGGAGAUCGUUUAUGUUUUGGAGAAAACUUGCAACGAUUGCGCUGCCGUGAUAGACUGGGCGUUAAAGAUCGGGCUUUUCAAAGAUAUUCUAUCCGCCUCGACAAUGGCAUCGGCAGUACCGGACUCCAACGGGGUGGUAUUCGUACCGGCAUUCAGCGUCAGCAGACCUCGGGACAUGACCGACGGAUCCUGCUUCAUCGGGAUCAAGAAAACAACCCGGACGGAGCACAUGGUCAGAGCCGUGUUGGAGAGUCUGGUGUAUAAAAUUUCCCUGAUGUACGUCUGUGCCCACAAGGAAACGCAAAGCCAAUCGAUGGAAAAUUUCACGAAAAUCAAAAUAGACGGAUACGUCUCGCAGAAUGAUUUCGUCUGCCAAACAAUUGCCGAUCUUAUCAGCAUACCGGUUGAGCGUGGAAGCUCCGCGGACGCUACAGCACUGGGAGCUAUUUUUCUGGCGGGAGUCAAUAUGGGCGUUUGGAGCACCAAAAACGAAAUCAGACGUAUCCGAAAGGUUGAUAAAGUGUUCACCCCGAAUCCGGUUAAUAAAUUAAAGCUUCUCCGAAACAUGCGCUACUGGGAGGAGGCAGUCGAGAGAUUUAAGCGGUAGAUGGGCUCGAGUCAUAUGAAAACCGAGAUAAAUACGACACGCAUCAAUAGUGAUUUAUCUUCUUGUUGCUACAGUCAAGUUA